AUGUGGAAGCCCUUCGUGCUUACGGUCGUGCUACUUCGGAUCAUAUUAAUCGACGCUAGCGAAGUGAGCACGCCGACACCGCCGGUAGCCGUUGCUGCUCUAAAUCGCCCCAUAGUGGCAGAUCCCAAAACGCAGGGCAACUGCCAAAGAGGUCAAAUUUGUGUUCUGAAAUUACGCUGCUCGAAUGCAAGCACAGCCGGCAGCGGACUGCUUGAUGUAAGAUUUCAGGACGACAAUCCAUGCCGCGAUCGACAGAUGCAGUGUUGCUAUGAGAAUGAUAUCAUCGGUCCCACUGUCGUACCGCUACCGCAUGUCUUGUCGUAUACCACACCGAGAUCACCACGACUGGAUCUUCCCGAUGUAAAGCAACCUGUUUGUGGCCAACGCAAUAGCGACGGGAUUCGUUUCCGCAUUAUUGGCUAUGAGAGCAACGAAGCCGAGUACGGGGAGUUCCCUUGGAUGAUAGCGGUGAUGAUGCAGGAAAAGGCAUUUAGCCAGCUGUUCAACGUGUACAUUAGUGGUGGUUCAUUGAUCCAUCCUAAAGUUGUUCUUACUUGUGCCCACUGCGUGCAGAACCGUCCCCCUGGUCAGCUGAAGGUUCGUGCAGGUGAAUGGGACACGCAGUCAAAGAAUGAAAUCCUCCCACAUCAAGACCGGUUGGUGGCGGAGAUCAGUAUACAUCGUGAGUAUUUCAUAGUCGGCCUGUACAAUGACAUCGCACUGCUGUUUUUGGAGGUUCCCUUCAAUCUAGAUAAAGGAAUCCAAGCUGUUUGUUUACCACCACCUGAGCUUACGUUUGACGAACAAAGAUGUCUAGUUUCCGGCUGGGGCAAAAACGGAAUCGGCAGUAGAAGUGAUUAUCAAAUAAUUCUGAAAAAGAUUGAUAUACCAGUGGUUCCUAGGGAGCGAUGUGAAAGUUUGCUCAGAAAAACCCGCCUCGGAACGCGGUUUCAACUACAUGAAAGUUUUAUCUGUGCCGGCGGCGAAAAAGGACAGGACGCAUGCGAAGGAGACGGCGGAUCCCCGUUGGUGUGCCCAAUAGAAGGUUCCAUCAAGCACUACUAUCAGGUUGGCAUUGUGGCCUGGGGAAUAGGAUGCGGGCUAGGCAAAACCCCGGGAGUGUACGUGAAUGUGGCCCACCUUCGCAACUGGAUUGAUCAAGAAAUGUCUGGACGAGGACUGGACGGCGAAAGUUACUCAUUUAGUAAGCUGUGA